AUGUCUCUCCCCGCCGACUUCAAGUGGGGCUUUGCCACCGCUUCUUACCAGAUUGAGGGCUCUAUCGAUAAGGAUGGCCGCGGUGUUGCCAACUGGGACGUGUUCUGCGCAAAGCCCGGCAAGAUUGCUGAUGGCAGCUCUGGUGUCACCGCCUGCGACUCUUACAACCGCACCGCUGAGGAUAUCGCUCUUCUCAAGUCGGUUGGUGCCAAGGCCUACCGUUUCUCCAUCUGCUGGUCUCGAAUCAUCCCUCUUGGUGGCCGAAACGACCCCAUUAACCAGGCAGGUAUCGAUCACUACCGCAAGUUUGUCGACGACCUCCUCGACGCUGGUAUUACCCCUUUCAUCACCCUCUUCCACUGGGAUGUUCCCCACGAGCUUGAUGUCCGUUACGGUGGUCUCCUGAACCGCACCGAAUUCCCUCUCGACUACGAACGCUAUGCCCGUGUCAUGUUUGAGAACAUUCCUCGCUGCAAGAACUGGAUUACCCACAACGAGCCCUGGUGCUCGUCUAUCCUCGGCUACAGCACGGGUUCCAAUGCCCCUGGCCGUUGCUCUGAUCGAACCAAGUCUGAUGUUGGCGACUCGUCCCGCGAGCCCUGGAUCGUCGGCCACAACCUCCUUGUUGCCCACGGCCGCGCCGUCAAGGUUUACCGCGAGGAAUUCAAGCCCAAGAACGGCGGCGAGAUUGGCAUCACCCUCAACGGCGAUGCCACUUUCCCUUGGGAUCCUAAGGACCCCAGGGAUGUCGAGGCUGCUAACCGCAAGAUCGAGUUUGCCAUCUCCUGGUUCGCCGACCCCAUCUAUCUGGGUGACUAUCCGGCCUCGAUGCGCGCCCAGCUCGGCGAUCGCCUCCCCACAUUUACCCCUGAGGAGAUUGCGCUUGUCAAGGGCUCCAAUGACUUUUAUGGCAUGAACCACUAUACUGCCAACUAUGUCAAGCACCGCGAUGGAGAGGCCCCCGCCGAAGACUUCCUCGGCAACCUAGAGCUUCACUUCUGGAACUACCGCGGCGAUUGCAUCGGUCCCGAGACCCAGUCGACUUGGCUGCGGCCUUGUGCCCCCGGCUUCCGCGACCUGCUUGUCUGGCUCUCUAAGCGUUACGGAUUCCCCAGGAUGUAUGUGACUGAGAACGGUACUAGCAUCAAGGGCGAAAACGACAUGCCCAGGGAGAAGAUUCUCGAGGACGACUUCCGAGCCCAGUACUACGACGACUACGUCAAGGCUAUGGCCGAUGCCUCGAGACUCGACGGUGUUGACGUUCACGGCUACUUUGCCUGGUCUCUGCUGGACAACUUUGAGUGGGCCGAGGGAUACGAGACUCGAUUCGGCGUCACCUAUGUCGACUAUGAGCACGACCAGAAGCGUUACCCCAAGAAGAGCGCCCAGCACCUGGCUCCACUGUUUGAGAGCCUCAUCAGAAAGGAGGACCCAAAAGUAGAGAGCAAGUAA